CAGAAUGCACCUUGUAUCAACACCGCGGCGGUGGCGGCUUCCAGGAGGCUCUGGGGCGGCUAGAGGGCUGGCACGCCGCCCGAGGACUCUCAGGCGCUGGCCGGGUGUUGAGGGGCGACUGGAGUCAUGGCGGAGUCGGCGCCCGCUCGGCACAGGAGAAAGCGACGCUCCACACCAUUAGCUUCUUCCACACCUCCUUCACAAGCAACAGAAAAAAGCUCGUAUUUUCAGACAACUGAGAUCUCACUCUGGACCGUGGUGGCUGCUAUUCAGGCUGUGGAGAAGAAGAUGGAGUCCCAGGCUGCCCGGCUACAGAGUCUGGAGGGGCGGACAGGAACAACCGAGAAGAAGCUGGCCGACUGUGAGAAGACAGCUGUGGAGUUCGGGAACCAGCUGGAGGGCAAGUGGGCCAUGCUGGGGACCCUGCUGCAGGAGUACGGGCUGCUGCAGAGGCGGCUGGAGAACGUGGAGAACCUGCUGCGCAACAGAAACUUCUGGGUCCUGCGGCUGCCCCCAGGCAGCAAGGGGGAGGCCCCCAAGAUGUCCAGGUCACUGGAGAAUGAUGGCGUCUGUUUCUCUGAGCAGGAGUGGGAGAAUCUGGAGGACUGGCAGAAGGAGCUCUACAGAAAUGUGAUGGAGAGCAACUAUGAGACACUGGUCUCUCUGAAGGUCCUUGGCCAGCCAGAGGGAGAAGCGGAGUUGGGUACAGAGAUGCUGGGUGACUUGGAGGAGGAAGGCCCUGCUGGUGCCCACCCAGCAGAUGGGGUCAUGAUCAAACAGGAGCUACAGUACACGCAGGAAGACUCUGCAAAUCUCCCUGGAGAGUUCUCGGGCAUCGCUGAAGAGCAGGCUUUCCUGAGCCCGGAGCAGACUGAGCUCUGGGGUGGUCAGGGCAGUUCUGUCCUCUUGGAAACAGGUGCUGGGGACUCUAAUCUAGAGGAUCCUGUUGAGGGCAGUAGAAACCCUAACAGUGGCAGAACUCUGGGCUGCCCAAGGCAGAAAUCUCAUAGACAGGCACAGCUGGGUCAGGAAUGUGGGCAGGGCCUGAAGCUGAAAAGGGACGCUUCUGGCCCCUACGAAUGUUCUGAGUGUGAGAUCAGCUUCCGCUACAAGCAGCAGUUGGCCACACAUCUGCGGAGCCAUUCGGGGUGGAAGUCUUACACACCUGAGGAGCCAGAGGAGAGCCUUAGGCCCAGGCCACGGCUUAAACCACAGACCAAGAAGGCCAAGCUACAUCAAUGUGACGUGUGCCUGAGGAGCUUCAGCUGCAGGGUGAGCCUGGUGACCCACCAGCGCUGCCACCUGCAGGAGGGGCCCAGUGCUGGCCAACGUGUACAGGAAAGGUUCUCACCUAACAGCCUGGUUGCCCUGCCUGGCCACAUCCCUUGGAGGAAAAGCCGAAGCUCCCUCAUCUGUGGAUACUGUGGCAAGAGCUUCAGCCACCCGUCUGACCUGGUACGGCACCAGCGCAUCCACACAGGUGAGCGGCCUUACAGCUGCACCGAGUGUGAGAAGAGCUUUGUCCAGAAGCAGCACCUCCUACAGCACCAGAAGAUCCACCAGCGGGAGCGGGGCGGGCUGGCCCUGGAGCCUGGAAGGCCCAAUGGCCUGCUUUAAGGAUGCCUGCCCCUCGCCCGUCCGGGGGGCGGAGGGGGGUGGCAUUGGUCCCCCCGAAGAGACACUGUGCAGAGUCAGGGACUGACUUCCUCCUGAGGGGAGUUGCUUCUGAUUUGCCUUCCCUUGUCCAAGUACCAAGCCAAGCUCAAAGGCUGUUCUGAAAACCCUGUGGAAGAGGAAGAGUCCAGGGCCAGGUCUUUACUCUGCUGUUGAGUUUGCUGUUUCUUGGCACCUUCAGGUCUCUGGUUUUCCCAUCCAUGCGGAUGCUUGUGGGCUGGGAUUGGCCUUCUGACUCUAUAGGGACUGAUGGCUGGUUUGCGGUCUUGUCCCAGCAUUUCAUGUCUUCCCAUGGGGUUGAGUCAUGCCACAGGGGAAUGUGGAAAAGUUCUGGGAAACAUAACCUCCAUUUCUUCCUUUUUUGUAGUGUCUUUGUUAAUAACAAGUAGAAGAAAUAAUUUAAACAAACUGAUUACUCUGCCCUGAAGAACCCUUUUUGAAAUUAGAUUUUAGUUGAUUUUUAAAGAAUACAGCCCAACACUUGUUUUUUAAAUUUCCAGAGUUGUAGAAGUUGUUCCUAACAUGGGGACUGGGCCUACCCUCUAGGAGGGAGUUGCAUAUGGGGCUCUUUCAGCCCAUCCACACUUACUUAGGCUGGAGAGCAGGGGGCAUGGUACUGGGCUUCCUCUUUUGGGGGUGCAUUUUGAACGGGGCUGUUUUAAAAGAACCAAGAGGAAGAGUCAGAGGGGGAGACCCUGCAGCCCCUGCUGGAAAGAAAAAUUCCAGUGAUGUUGCUGAGAGUAGGGCUCUGGUUCUGGGAGUUUAGGUGUGAACCCUCUCUCCUGCCCACCCUGUCCUUUCUGUGGUUCUGCAGCCUCCCAGAGUAGAGACUACUUUGUUACUUAAGGUCAUUCAGCUUGUACCAGUGGUUAUUUGAGUUUGUUCCCAUUAAGAAGUCUUUACUUGAGGCUAUGCAGAUUAUACUUCCAAAUUCAUUCUGGGAUUGGCCAUUCCAGAAAUGAUAGAGAAGAAGCACGCAGAUGCUUGUCUCUCAGGAGUGUUGGAUAUUCCCUGGCAGUCUGGGGAGAUGGGAGAGGGCUCCUGGAUCAUUGUGAAUGUCCCCUUGGAUAAUUUGCAGUUGCCUAGAAUAAAACUUGCUACUAGUGGGGAAAAAAA